AUGUUCACAUCAUGGGCAAUUCUCAAAAAGAAGCCAAAACAGAGGCACGUAAUUGGUGUUUCAUUUGCAUUUGCAGGUUUGGUUUUUGUUGGUGGAUCAGUCAUUGGUUGGAAGAAUUCAUUUGGCAAAAAAGUCAAAUUUGCGUCCAAAUCUUUAUUAGGAAUUGCAAUUGCAUUAUGUGGGCAAUUCGUAGCAUCAAUUCAUUUUGUUUUGGAAGAGAAACUAAUGAAAGGAGUUGAGAAACCAGUUCCACCUAUAUUCAUCAUUGGAUCAGAAGGAAUUGCUGGAAUUGUAAUAUCACUUGCAAUUUUUUUGCAAAUUACAACUGAAUUCAUGGAAAAGAUCAUGGAUCAUAUGAGAACUUAA